CGGGGGCAAGGCCUCCGCUUAGACGCGGUCUUCCCGGAACCCGAGAGUGUACCGCGAGUGUGCGGUCUCGGGCCGGAAAGAAGGGUCGCGGGGGAGGGCAGCGGAGGCUGCGCUGCCCACCGGUGUCCCACGCGCGUGCGCGGACGGUGGCACGCGCGCAGAAAGGACGGCGCGUGCACGGGAGUCGGUGGGCAGAGGGGCGGGGCGACGCGGAGGUGGGCUUGGUGAGCUUGGGGCGCAGGCCCGGGGACAGCCAGUGCGCCCAACCUUCCUUCGUGCCGCCUCGUCCUACCUGCGGUGGCAGAAGAUGUGACUGGAGGGCUGCCGGCGGCCCGCGGACUAUGCUUGCGCUCCUGGGCGCGACGACCCUCAUGCUGGUCGCUGGGGCGCCGUGGGUGUUGCCCGCAGCCUCAGGGGGAACAAAUCUAAAAUCUCCUGAAAAUGGCAGGGUCUGCAUCAUUGAUGACAACUUUAUCCUGCAGUGGAACAGCAGCCGUGAGUCUGUCAGGAAUGUGACUUUUUCAGCAGAGUAUAAAAUACCAGGGAUGGAUAAUUGGAAGAAAUUGCCUGGGUGUCAGCAUAUUACUAGUACCGAAUGCAACUUUUCUUCAGUCAAGCUUAAAAAUGUUUAUGAAAAAAUUGAAUUGCGCAUAAGAGCAGAAGAAGGAAACAGCACUUCUCAAUGGCAUGAGGUUAAGCCAUUUAUACCAUUUCAAGAAGCUCAGAUUGGUCCUCUAGAUGUACAUUUAGAAGCUGAAGAUAAGGCAAUAAUAAUAAACGUCUCUCCUCCUGGGACAAAAGACAGUAUCAUGUGGGCUAUGGACCAUUCCAGCUUUAUAUAUAGCUUAGUUAUCUGGAAAAACUCUUCACGUCUAGAGGAAAGGACUGAAACUGUUUAUUCCAGAGAUAAAAUCUAUAACCUCUCACCAGAGACUACUUAUUGUUUAAAAGUUAAAGCAGAACUACGUUCACCAAGAAGAGUUGGUUUCUAUAGUCCAGUGUAUUGUAUAAACACCACAGAGAAACACAAAGUGCCUUCACCAGAAAAUAUACGAAUCGAUGCUGAAAAUCAGGUCUAUGUCCUUCAAUGGGAUUACGCACGUGAAAACACGACUUUUCGAGCUCAGUGGUCCCAUGAGUUUUUAAAAAGGAUUCCUGGGAGUCAUUCAGACAAAUGGAAACAAAUCCCAAACUGUGAAGACGUCAAAACUACCCGCUGUGUGAUUCCUCAAAAUGCUUUCCCAGAAGGAAUUCACCGUAUCCGUGUACAAGCAUCUAAUGGAAAUAACACAUCUUUUUGGUCUGAAGAGAAAAUAUUUAAUACUGAAAUGAAAACUGUCAUAUUUCCUCCAGUCAUUAGCAUGAAAUCCGUUAAUGAUGACUCACUGCACGUCUCUAUCGGUGCUCCAAAAGAGUCUGAAAACAAGUCUGUGAACCAGCCUUACCCACUAAUUUAUGAAGUUAUUUUUUGGGAAAACACUUCAAACGCUGAGAGAAAAGUUGUAGAGAAAAGAACGGAUGUUACCUUUCCUAACUUGAAACCGCUGACUGUAUACUGUGUGAAAGCCAGAGCAUUCACUGAGAAUGGCAAGUGGAAUAAAAGCAGUGUUUUUAGCGCUACUGUGUGUGAGAAAACAAAACCAGGAAAUACUUCCAAAACCUGGCUGAUAGCUGGAAUUUGCACUGCGUUGUUUUCUAUCAUCGUUAUCAUUUACGUUGCGAAAGUCCUCUGGAGAUGUAUCAAUUACGUGUUCUUUCCAUCAAGUAAACCUCCUUCCACUGUAGAUGAGUAUUUCUCUGAAUGGCCAGUAAGGAAUCUACUCCUUUCCACUUCUGAGGAACAAACGGAAAGAUGUUCUAUAAUUGAAAAUGCAAACACUAUUACUGUAAUAGAAGAGACUAAUCCAAUUGAAGAUCACAAAAAGUACAAUUCCCAAACUAGUCAAGACUCAGGAAACUAUUCUAAUGAAGACGAAAACAGUGAAAGUAAAAUAAGUGAAGAACUUCUGGAACAGGAAACUGUGUGACCAGGAAUGAACUCGAAAAUACUAGGGAGUCUUGCGGGAGUUGCAGUGGGAGCCUGGGCUCCUUACUCCUCUCAGUAACUAGCAAGAGAAUAUUUGCUUGUGGGGGAAGAAAGAUCAUCUUCAGAUCGUAGGUCCUAAAAAUACAGGCAAGCACUUAAGUAUUUGAAAGGAAUUUGGAGAAGAGUUUUCUACAUUCUUUUCCACGUGUAAGGUCUUGAAAGACCUGUCAUGGGACCGCCCUGGAUGAGAGAAGUUAAAUCCAGAAGAUGCCCUCUGUCUUCCUAAUGAUUCCCUAAGCUCCACCGCGCCGUCGUGUGGUAAGGGCAGUGCUUGUGUUCCCAUCGGCUGAUACUGUCGCCGUGCUGCCACUGCUGCUGCAUAUACCAUCUGUCCCUUCUCCAUCCCAGUAUUACAGUCCAUUAUUUUUCAGGACACAUUUAGAACAUACGGUCUUUUCUUUGGACACGAAAGUAGGCCCUUUGGAAAUGUCUUUAGAAAAGCCUGAAUACCACUAUCACUUGGUUUUCUGAAAAGGUAGCUUACUCUGGAAAACAGCUGCAGAUGCCAGAAACAUGGUAUGGUCCUUACAGAUUCUCCAGGGGAAUUCUAUCCGUUUUACCAAUUACAUUGGCUUCUACAUCACAGUUACCUAUCCCUUCUACGGUUUAGGAUUAAAACCAGAUAAUCUUUUGCUAUAUGUCCAUGAAGCCUUCCUGAUUCAGAACAUUGGAACGAUAGCUUCUGAUUACAGUGCAUAAUCACUAAAAUGACAGAGAAAUGGGAAACUAUCUGAGUAGAUAGCUUACUAUUAUCUUUUAAGAUAUGGGAGUAUGUGACAUUAGUCACAGCGGAUGUAAGAAGUCUUGGGACCAGAAAGUGGUACUGAGAGAAGAGACAGAGUAAGAAGUAGAGUCAUUCAGUAGGAAAGAAGCAGGUGACUUUAGCGAAAAACAAGAAUAAUGUGUGUAAUCAACUGUUGAUGACUAGCUUCCUGAGGGUGGUUUGUUUUUGUGGCGUAUCUGCAUCGUUUCUAACACCAGGCCAGCUUCUCUACGCCGUCCGGAAGUAUUCAGGUACCCCUUCUGCUCAGCCUGCAUGCACUCAAGAAAAUGCAAAUUAUUUAUUAUCAAGGUGUGGGAGGAAAUGUACCUGGGAAGAAAACCUAAUUUUUAAAAUAUGUAAUGCCUUUCAAAGGCAUCUGUAGCUUAUUUUUAAAUGAUUCGCUAUUUGGGAUUAUUCAUGGAGAUCCUGCAGAGGAGGGAAGUGUAGGAAUUCUGGUGGCCUCUGAGGCCGGGUUCUCAGCUUCAGUCGUUGCAGAAGGACCAGUGAAAGGGAAGGGAGAUGGAGCUACCCAGAGCAUCACGGCAGGCCAGUCUUAUUUACACAGUGGUCCGCUGUGGUCUUCUGGGUGGAAGGAAAGGUUGAAAGCAGCUGCCCUGGGAAGGGCUGUGACGCUCAGCUCGUCCUCUGCAGAGCACACCGUGUGCUUCCCUGGACCUCGGUCCGGCUCUUAGGGGAGCAUACAGUAUGGGCCAGGGAUCCCCGCCGAGGCAGUUCUCUGCUGCAGAAUCCCUACGGGGACCCACGCACACCUUUGAUCCUGCCGACCGGAGGCCUUUGGUUCAAAGCAGAUCUGGGUUGGCCCUUCGCUUGUAAAGGCCCUGUCAGUGGGAAUUUGCCUCUGAAGCGAGGAAGUGAGGAACAUGCCAGGACCCUGUCAGCCCGGGCUUCCACGCUGUGUCAGUGCGACAGGCCUGGUCAGCACGCGGGCCCGGGGUUUACCACAGGAAGAAGGCUGCUUCAGAAUGGACAUCCCAAAGGGAAGCAGCACUUCCUUCAUGGGAUGUGGAAGAGGGAAAACUCGGGCAUUAGGAUGAAAAGACACCACACAAGUCGCCAGGUCCCUGGAUGUGGGAGUCUGUGUGUCUUUGGGGUUUAGGACCCCCUGUGGUUUUCAGCGAACAAGCAUCUGAGCAGCAGCGAACAAAAAACCCUCAAUUUUUGCCUUGUCUUCUGACCUAAAAAUGCAAUUCCAUCCCCUUCUUCUUUGUGGUCCACAUGUUGCUUAAUCAGGAUGUGCUUGUAAAGUGACAAGUAUUUUUUCUGAAGCAUAGUUUACUUGGAAAUACCAUAUACUUGGGAGCACCAAUAAAUUGCCUCAGAACUACAAUAUUGAUAGUUCUUGGAGAAGCUGGAUACAACCUACGCAUUUAUGUAAAAGAUUUGUAUCAUUACAGCCAGAAAUAAUGUAUUCAUACGUAAUGUAGAUUAACAUAUACGUAAGUGGUGACACACGUCUGUAAACAUACGUGCAUACUUAUACCUACACGUGCACAUGCAUGAUGUGGGCCAUACUCCAGUAGUACAGCCAUACUUAGCAUAGCUUCUAGUUAGAAAAGUAUAAAUGCUGCUCGAGAACCAUGAACUAAACAGUCUGACCAGAAAUUUGCAACCUAUAAAAAAGUUAUUUCAAAAAUAUAAUUGAGAGUUUGUAUCUUUUUCCCAAACUAUGACCUUCAAAGCAGCCUGUGAUGGCUCCUAAGAAUUUGGAGAGUGUACAGAAACUUUGCCUACCUGCCUGCUCCUCCCCGUAACCCUUUGACUACCUGACAUGUUUGUUUCGUGGUGUCUGUCUGCCCCCCAGGGGACCGGAAGCUCUGUGAGAGCAGGAAUUUACUUUCACUUAUUACUGUAUCCCCAGCACCUACCACAGUGCGGUGCCUCACACGGAAAAAGUGCGCAGGAAAUAAUUGUCAAAUGACUGAAAUCUAGAAUUUGAACCAAAUGGGUGUUUCUGACACUGUUUGUGUGUCUUGUUGAGUUGUGGAAGGACACAACCAUGUCUCCAAUGUUUCUAUGCAGUGAGCUUUGUAUCUUAUUUCAUUUGUACUUUGUCUUAACCCCCACUGCUGUUUUUUAAACAGUUUGUUAAACAGUUUUCUGUAAUAAGCACUGAGGCCAAAAGUCUUGGCUUUUAUGGUGGUUCUGCUUGAACUGAUUAAACAUGCAUCACAGGAGUGGCAA